GCUGUUAAAUGUUUCAAUAAAACAAUUGAACUUGGUAUAAAAGUUGCAUGUCAAGCAACAAGUAAUUCUACCAUCGCAGCAACAUUUAAUAUGACAGAUUUAUUUUCUCAAGCAUGGUACGGAACAGCAAUGUAUAAUUUUGAUUAUUUUCAAGCCACUGAUAUUGAUCUAAGUGGUAUGACUAAUGUAGUCUACUAUUUUCCUAAUUUAAACAUGAACUAUGGUACAACAUGGCAAACACCAAAUGUUCAAACUAAUGCAUUAUCAACGCACUACUAUAGACAAACCGAUACUAAUACAUUACAUGUAUUUGGUGACGGAUUAGCAUACGGUAAUGGAACGCUUACUCAACCGUAG